AAUUCUGUUGUGUGUGAAAAAAGUUUUGAUUUAGGCUAUCUAUAAAAACUUCUAUCGUCAUGCCUUUGCACAACGUAUUUGAAUGCAUAUACAUAGGAGUGGUAUUGUGUGCAGUAUUUGCUUCUUUCGUUACCACGGGACUUGUGACUUCAAAUGAAAACGAGGAUGAAUAUCUAACACAACGAGAAAAUAUUUUGGAAAAGUCCUACCAUGGACUGAUUCGGGAAAAUGAGACUCUUGUAGAGAUAACACCGUUAAUUAAAGUCGAUGAAGAAAAAAUUUGUAACUUUCGCAUUCUGAAAAAGCCAUAUCAUGAAAUACCAUUCGAGAUUGAAUUGGUCAAUAAUCUAGGAAUUUUAAAAGCACGUCGUGCACUAAAUUGUGAGAAACGCAAAAGUUAUCACUUUGAAAUUGUAGCAAUAUAUUGCGAUGGAACGCCAUCGAAUACAGCCAAUGUUCAUAUAACUGUAAUCGAUAUUAAUGAGUAUGCUCCUACAUUUCUUGAGCAAUCAUAUGUAACUGAAGUAGAUGAGGGACGACUGUACAAUGAAAUAAUACGCGUCGAAGCUUCCGAUAAGGACUGCACCCCACUUUUUGGAGACGUUUGCAAAUACGAGAUACUCAACAACGAUGAGCCUUUUGUUAUUGAUAAUGAGGGCUCAGUAAAGAAUACUGAGCCUCUUUCUCAUAAAGCUUCCCAUAACCACAUUCUUUCCGUAGUAGCCUUUGAUUGCGCGAUGAAAGAAUCCGCGGCUAUCAUGGUCAGCAUAAAAGUACGGCGCGUGUGUGAAGCGAAAUUUGUUGGUAUACCAGAGCGAAUUGACUACACCUCCGGCAGCACUGAGAGCCUACAAUUAUUCCCUAAUGCCCGCCUAGAUCUGUGUGAUAUUUCGUGUAGCAAUGAAGACCUGAGCAUUCACGCAUCAAUAGCACUUAAGACGAAGCACAUAUCGUUUGGGUGCGAUCGUGAUAUAUCCAACUGCACCUCAACCCUAACCAUGAAAGAUCUCUUACCCCAAGAUUCAGAGUGGACUAAGGAUCUGAACUAUGAUGAAGGUGCAGAACCUGUCUUUCAUUUUGAUGGCUCAGUUGGAGUGGUGGUUCCUGAUGCAGUUGUGGACCACUACGAUUUCUCUACGCGCUCGUUUAGCAUUCUUUCGAUUUUUAGACAUAGCAGUCAAAGUUCAACUAAUAAACAUGUCAAGGAACAUCUACUGUGUAGUGCCGAUGAUCACAAAAUGAAUCGGCACCAUAUGGCACUUUUUGUUCGCAAUUGUCGUCUGAUCCUUCUCCUCCGAAAGAACUUUAAUGAAGGCGAUCUUAACAUAUUCAGUCCGGCUGAAUGGCGGUGGAAAAUUCCUCAGGUCUGUGACAACGAAUGGCAUCAUUAUGUACUCAACGUUGAACAGUUUGGCAAGGUUGAGCUAUUUAUUGAUGGUAUACGAUUCGAAAGUUCCGUUGAGGAUAGUCACAGUAAUCCGGAGGUAAUUGACGAUUGGCCGCUGCACGCUGCGCAUGGAGUAAACACUACUCUAGCUGUCGGCGCUUGCUAUCAAAGUUCGGAAAAUCGGUUAAAACAUGGUUUUAAUGGAGACAUAUCAGAGGUGAAAAUUUCCCUUUAUGGUAUUCUGACCAUGGAAGACAUUAAAUGUGGAACAAACUGUGCUGAGCACCUAAUGUCGCCCAAUGAUUUAAUAGUUGCGCAAAAUAAGAUUUCGGAAUCGGACGUUCAAAUCCAGGCGAAUGUUCAAAUGAACGAAAUCUAUAUUGAAGCGCAGACUAAGCACAACAUUGAGCAACUGAUGCGUAAAAUUCAGUACAUCAAUAUUAAACAAAGUCCAACAAUAGGACGGCGUAAUAUAGAAGUUCGUACAUCGCUUAUGUGUAAUAAUCAGAGCUCAAUUCGCCUUCCGACAAUAGAGACUUAUAUCAUGGUUAACGAACCUAUUGUCCAAGUUGGCAUAAAUGUCGGAUCGACAUCGGUAAUUGAAAAAAUGGAUUCGUCUUCAAAAAAAAAAGUUAAAAAAAUUAAAUCACUCUUACAGAAGGAUGGAUUAAAUCAAGAACCGCUAAUGGAUACCAGAAAAAUCACAAUUACUGGAACGUCUAAUAAAUUGGUAUCGUAUCAAGAAAUAAAGUUAGGUGUUCACAUUUUGGAUAAAAUUCACAUCGCCACGUCAAUAAAGAAUAGUAAAAAAAUGAAUGCAAAAGAGUAUUUGGAUUCGUGCAGCGUGGUUGUCUUCCCUUCUUUAAAUCCGGAUCAUGAAGACAUUCAAAUAGAUGGGGAUGAAUCUUUGUCAUCAACAAUGGAUAUUAAAACCAACAUAAAUAAGGAUGGCGUCGAAAUGAUGGGAAUGGACAGUAUUCAUAAUUAUCUGAAUGUUUUGCGUUCCCUUAUCUACAGUAACAAAAAGCCGGCUUAUUAUCUAAAUCGGGUGUUUAAGCUUUCUUGUGGCCAGCUAAGCUCCCAGUAUAAAAGUGCUGAAUAUACCCUUACGCUGACUGUCCUACAUCCCAAACAGUCGUUAUCCAAGACUACAAAUGCGCCACCUCCGCCGUCCUUGUUACAAGUAAAUGAUGCUGGAAAUCCCAACAACGCAGCAGCUUACCACCUGAACGGUGAUUUGACAAAAGAAGACGUCAAUCUGGCUUCUGAAACUAAGGUUUUCUCAUAUUCACUUUUACACACCAAUGAUAUACAAGAGCCGAAAUCACACAUACACUCUAUUGUUCACAAAGCUGAAGGCUCUCAUCCAACAAUGCUUAUAAUUCUUAUAUGUGUUUUUCUGGUUAUCUUGCUUUGUGGAGUUUCCAUUGCUCGGAUCAAAAAUAACCAUAAAUAUACGGAUCGACAUCAGCCGUGUCCAAAGAUUGCUGAUGAUGGCUUGAUAUGGGAUGACUCAGCAUUGACUAUAACCAUAAAUCCAAUGCAAACAGACGCUGUUUCUGAAGAUAGCUCUGACUCAGACAACUCGGAUUCAGAAGACGAAGAAGCAUUGAAAGAUGGAUUCGCUCACAUUAAUCAAUUGGAAUGGGACAACACCAAUAUAUUUUCAACAGCAAAUUAAAUAAUGUUUCGAAUGAUGGAAUUAAAAAUGUGUAAAUGUGCUUUUAAAAUCUUAAAUACAGAAUCAACAAAUAUCUAACAGCUUCA